UAUACUCUCUGACUGAGUCUGAGAAACACUAGCAUUACGGAGCAACCAUACCAGCGUGUCUCUCUCUGUAUUUAAGCAAUUGAAAAGUGAAGAGUUGGUAAUUACUUAUAUAUACUGUAUCGUAUCGUAGAGUUGCCGAGUUCAGUUUCCAUGACGGCGUAGCAGACGCUUGCUCUAAUUUUCGUGCCAUGCGUAGAGUAGUGCUUAGAGAAUUUGGAGAACUCCAAGACGACUUUAUCGGCUCCUCUUCUACAGUCCUCGAUUUUUCUUUUUAAGUAUCUAGAUAGAUUAGCACUUCACACUCCACGCUGAAAAGCUGCAAAAACCCAGGCCGCAGGAUCGUGUACUUAGACGCGAUAUGCACAUAAACCCUCAAGAAAAGGGAAUUGGGUCGAACAACCAAAGGCUCUAUAUAUACCGCGCUUACUGUAUAAGCUAGGCAAACCAAUCGAAACGAGGAGGCGAUUUUAAAGGAAGGCUCUCUUUUCUGAUAUGGAUUUUGUGUCUGAAUCGGGGAUUGUUACAGCUUUUGGGUGCAAGAAAUGGCUGAGUGGUUCUCUCUAGGUGGAAAGCAAGGCCCACAAACGAAGGUAGGAAAAGGAAAAGAAGAUAACAGCAACAGCAAUUGUCUAUUCUUGUUGAGCGAGAAGGAGAUCUGCAACAAUAACAGCAACAAGGGAUUCGAGAUAUGGACACAGUCUUAUCACCAUUCAAACCAAUCCUUGAGCGACUGCUUCUCUCUUGGGGUGGGUCCUAGUUGCGCAAACUUGUUUGAUGAGUCGAGGAGGUUUGGAUUGACGGUGAUGAGGUCUGGGGCUCUAGGAAGCGGCAUGAAUUGUCAGGAUUGUGGGAACCAAGCCAAGAAAGACUGUCCUCAUCUUAGAUGCAGAACUUGCUGCAGAAGUCGAGGGUUUCAGUGCCAAACCCACGUUAAGAGCACCUGGGUUCCCGCCUCCAGACGCCGUGAGCGACAGCAACAGCAGCUACAACACCGGCAACUUCCCGGCGAUACCUCCAAACGCGACAGAGAAACUCAAGGUGCAGCAGCUCUUGCUCGCAUUCCUUCGCCUAUCACCACCACAGGGUUGGAACUGAGCCAAUUUCCUCACGAACUGAACUCACCAGCAAUGUUUCAAUGUGUGAAAGUUAACUCAAUGGACACACCAGAAGAGCAGUACGCCUAUCAAACUGCUGUUAACAUCGGAGGGCAUGUUUUCAAAGGAAUCCUCUACGACCAAGGCCCUGAUGGUCCAUAUAACGCGGGUGGUGAUCGGAGCUCCUCCGCCGCAGCUGAUGCUGAUCAAAACCUUAAUCUCAUAACGGCCUCAACCACAGCAACUCCGGCCAGCGCCAUCCCGUUUGAUCCUUCAAUCUACCCUAAUAUCCCAUUUAAUACUUUCAUGGCUGGUACGCAAUUCUUCCCACCACCAAGAUCUUAAAGAUCUACGUGAGUCUCAUCCUCUAGGGAAUAGUUUCCUUGUGUUGCUUAGUUGAGAAGAGUCUUCUCUUGUCAUUGACUCUAGAACAUUGAGUAUAUCCUUCACUUGAUGAGCUCUAAGUGGCUAUAGCUAGAAGAAUUUAAGAAAGUCAUUAUGACGAUGAUCCAGGGCGCGCGAAAUAGGGGUUGUUUGUUUUGUUUUGUCCGAAAUUCAAUUCGGAUUUUCAUGGAUUAUUCUGAUCUUCCGAUGACUCACUUUUCAAUUCUAGAGCAUUUUUAUAUCUGUUGUGAAAGAGUGUUUGUUGGUUUGGUUGUA